GGGGUUAGUGUUGUGUGCUGAAUUGAUGUGUGUGAAUGACCGUCUUACUCACUGACCAUGGAUGUCUGCUAGAGUUCAUGAAAUGGCGACCAGAUGGGCUGUCUUAUUAAGGUCACAGGAAUAUGUACUUGUCUUAAUUUGCCACGUGUUUGCAAUUUCUCAGUUGCUGUAGAUGAUGGGAGAGAUUAUCUUGGUUCUUGCAAUUACAUGGAUUGUAAAUGAUUUUUGAAAAGAAAUUGAAACUUUGCAAAUGGGAUGAUCAUUGCCAGAACAAGGCCUGGAAUGGAGAAUGCAUCUAUUAUAUAUGUUGUAAGUAUUUAUGGCAUUUUUAUUGCCUUAAUUAUGUGUUGGUAGGUUUUGAUUUAAUGAUGCAACAAGUUUGAUUAGAAGUUUGUGUAAAUGAGAAAUCGCUGAUCGUUUGUUUGUAUUAAUUCAUAAUCGCCAUGCAGGCGCAUCUAUUUUUGUAUGGGAUUUUCCUCGACACAUAUUUAUAUCACAAACGCACCGAUACAAACAGAUUAUCGUAAAUAUGUCCUUGAAAUGAGGAUUUAAAUGUAUUAUAAUGAAGAAAAACCCCACAUGCACUCUUCCAAUAUUAAAACAAGCAAUUUCUCUUUUUCACAAACAUAUGGCACAAUUGUUUAGUCUGAGCAUUAAAUUUGCAAAGCAAGCACAUUUUUUCAAUUCAAGGAGAGGGGGAAAAAGACGUAGACUAAGAAUGUGUGUUUGUCUGAGCCCUUAUCGCGAAAUUCGGAGGACUUUGAAGAAAUAAAUCUGUUUGGCUGUGUUUUGUUAUGUCUGGUUCAUGAGACUGGGUCCUUGUAAAUAGCAAAAAUAUCCAGUGUCUCUAGUGAAUGGCAAAGUUUGUUUUAAUUUUCUCAGGAUUAAAAUUAGGUGUCUUUUUAGCUAAAACACAAAGGGAUAUUCUAGUACUGGUAAAACAUAUAUUUAGGUUUAGCUGUUUAAAGUACAGUUGAGUUUUACAGUAGUUAUAACUGUAAAAUAUAUAGCUUUUAGACUUAAUUAUGAAGCUUUGAUUUCAUCGGAAUGUGAUCGACUUCUCAGAAUUUCUUCAAGAGGGAAAACAAUUUCAUUUAUUUAACAGGGAUCCAUCAGAGAUUUAAAGAAAAAAAUUGAACAAAGGAUGGAGCAAAUUAACCGAGAUAUUUCCACUACUUGAAAUUCUCAAUAACAGCAUAUUAUGGCAUUUCUUUAAUUUAAAAAAGCAGUUCAAGAACAACUAGUGCAAGAUUGCUUCUCCAGGAAUUUGUGUGUGUGUAUGUGUUGUUUUUUAAAAAAAAAGAGAUGUUUUUGAAUGCUUUUCUCGGCACAAGAUGUCUAGCCUUGUUGACCUUGGGGAGCACUUAAACGCCCUGAUUCCCGGUGAAGACUGUGGGUGGUUACAACUGUCACUGGUGCAUGCAUGUCAAUUUGAAGACUUCUCAAUUGAAUAAUAUGACAGACAGACACCUCAUUAACAAGAUCCGUUCUUUUUUGCUUUAACAUACAGUCAGGCAUGCAGUAUUGGGCAUAACAACAUGCAGCCUAAAAUUUUAGAGGGCAUGCAUGAGUGCUCAUAGUUAUCAAAUGUAUAUGGGAAAGUCCUUAUUUUUAACAAGAAAAAAAGUACUGUUACUUGUGGAAAUUCUAGACCACUGAAGACACCUGAGGACAUUGACCUAAUUACCUGCAAUGCAUGCUAAUUAUAGACAGCCUUUAGAUUUGUUUACCUUCAAGGAAUAUAUGUAACUGUGACACUUAUAAGCAUAUGCUGACUGUAGGUGUAGCUGUGAGGAAUACAUCAAUUAGCACAUUAAUUAAAUUCCAUGGAGUAUGAAUUUAAAAAGUUCAGACAUUUGAUGGAUGUGAUUAUUGCAUUGUCAGAUGUACUCCUGAGAGGUCUACAAUGUGAAAUGUUUAAACCAUUUGUUUUGGAUUUAUAAUGUCUUCUUGUGUUGUAAAAACCUAAAAUGGCAGCACCGCCCAAUGGAUAUCAACAAUAUCCACCUACAUGGUUGAACCUACCUGGACCUCAAAAUUACCAAGCGAUAUACUCAGUACCCCACACUACUGCCACUCCAACUAAUGUGCAGACGUUCAGCAAUUUUCCGUUCUCUAAGCCCAGCAAUUACAUGUCGUUUCCUUUCCCAACACUCCCGAAAAAUGACCCAUAUAAAUUCAGCGAUGAAGUAUCUCUGAAACGUAAUUUGGAACCCAGUAGUGGACAAACACCAAAAAAGAAGAAAGUGAAAAAUAACGGAGAGAAAUUAAAUGGUCAUGUAGAUAAAGGGAGCUUUAUUAAAGCAAAAAAUGUGAAAAAAGUUAUUGAGACAAAUGCGCUUUCAUUGAAUGAAAUAGAAAACCGAGUGCAAAAUAUUCUACAAUCUAUACAAAAGGAGUGUAGUUCCAAAGAGUCGAAAAAUGUGCAAUCAAAUGUGGCGAUUUUUAAAGACCCCAGUAAAACAAUGGAUGAAAUAAAAUUAGAUAAUUUCUCAGAAAAGUUACUCAAAAGUCCAGAGGAAAUUCACCUUGAAAAGCUCAUGGGAAAUUCUUUGGAAAAUGAAGGUCGUAAAACUCCACCAAACUGCUGUACAAAUUGUGAAAAAUUUGGCUUCCGAAACUCCCCUCAGUGUCUCAACAAGCGUUCGGCUCCGGAAGUGGAUGUUUACGAAUUUGAGGAUGAUGACGAUAUCUCAAAUCUUUCAGAACCCAAAACUUGCUCAAGAAUCGAGGCAGCAAAAGCUAAUAUAUUUAAAACUGAAGAACAUCAGGAAAAAGUGGUCCAGAAUAUCAAAGUCGAAUCGGAUAACCAUGAUUCAGAGAAGGAGAAUUUUUGUGAAAAUGAAAAGCCUUUGGAAGCAUCCAGUUUUCCAAAACAACCUAAACUGGACCUUAAAGAUGAAGGUAGUGCAAAAAUGGACCUACUAUCAGAACAUUUAAAUAAGCUCAAGGAAACUAUUACGGAGGAUGAGGAACAUUUAGACAGGCUUAGGAAGAAUAUCAAAUCGGAGAUGCCGAGGUGUAGCUGUAGAGGACCAGAUUACAUCCCUAGCGAAGAUGUAGAGGGCCCCUACUACACUCACCUGGGAGCAGCUCGUAGUAUUCAGGCUGUCCGGGAGCUGUUGGAAAAACGAACUGGCGAGAAAGGAAGGAGCAUAAGAAUUGAGAAGAUCCGUUACACAGGAAAAGAGGGCAAGAGUUCACAGGGCUGUCCUAUAGCCAAAUGGAUUAUCCGUCGAUCGGGGCAAGAAGAGAAGUACUUGUGUGUGGUGAGACAGAGACCGGGGCAUUUCUGUGAGACGGCCUGCAUCAUAGCUGUGUUGGUGGCGUGGGAGGGGGUACCUCAAAGCAUGGCCGACGAUCUCUACCAGUACCUCAGAACCACCUUACCAACCAAUGGCUUUGAAACAGAGAGGCGAUGUGGCACAAAUGAAAGGAAGACCUGUGCAUGUCAGGGGAUAGAUCUGGUGAGGCGGGGGGCUUCUUUCUCCUUUGGCUGCUCCUGGAGUAUGUACUACAAUGGCUGCAAGUUCGCCCGCAGCAGGGAGGCCAGAAAAUUCAAACUCAAGGACACAACAAAGGAGGUUGAAUUAGAAGGAAAGCUGCAAGAUCUAGCAACGAAGAUGGCCCCUCUGUAUCAGCAAAUGGCGCCAGAUGCAUACUCCAAUCAGACACAGUUUGAAGACACAGCUAGGAUGUGUCGCCUCGGUAACGAGGAAGGGCGUCCAUUUUCAGGAGUGACAGCUUGCGUGGAUUUCUGUGCCCAUUCUCACAGAGAUCUUCAUAACAUGAAUAAUGGGAGUACUGUGGUUGUGACUCUGACAAAGCAUAGAGGAAUGGGAAAACCAGAUGAUGAGCAGCUUCACACACUUCCAUUACAUGUGAUGGACAUGACAGACGAACAUGGCUGCUCUGAAGCCCAGUUUGAAAAAGCUAGGAAUGGCUCUUUGGAGGUUUUGCAAUACUACCCCAUGGAGGCCAGAAUGCGUGCUGUGCCCCUAACCCCAAAGAAAAAGAAGAAGGGAAAGAAAGGUGGGAAUGGCCCAGCCAAGAAAGGCAGGCCAUUCAAAAAAACAGAGCCCAGUCAGAACCAGAAAGAUUCAAAGUUCUCCAUUGAUGAAAAUAAGAAAUUCUUGACGUAUGAAGAUAUGAUGAAACUUUCUGAGGAGCCAGGUUUUGCCCAGAUGUACGAUUCGUUUUGGAAUUAUUUUUACAGAUUUGGAACAUUUCCGCCUCCAAAUUUUCUCUGUUCCAAUGAAUUCAAGAGUCAAAUGGCCAGUAAACCUUCAUCUGUGAUACCUAAUAAUUUAGACUCUAGUAAUACUCAGGGUCAACCCUACGGUGCUGAGAAAUCAUAUCCAGGUCAAAGUAGUCAACCUCCAGCUUCGACCCUUGACCCCAACACUAGGCAGCAGCCUGAUUCCCCUCUUGACUUGUCAUCCUCAGGGUCAUCUUUACACCUCAAGGCAGCAAAUCAUGAUUCUUCAAUGAAUGCACCAUCCAAUCAGUCACCUUUGGACAUUUUGUCAGAUGUUGUCUCCAUGAUGCCAUACUGCAACACAAGUCUACCUCAAAACAAAGACAGCAAAGAUCAAACUUUGAAUCAGCAACAUUCCAGCAACAGUGAGUCUCUUCAGGAGGCAUUUGAUGUCAAGCUAAAAGAGGCAGAAACGGCAGGAAGCCACGCGAAAAUAAUCGAUCCAACAGUUUUCAAGUGCGAGAUGGAAUUCAAUGAAAAUGCUUUCCGUGACCCAGAGAUCGGAGGAGUGGCCAUUGCCCUGCAGCAUGGGGCAGUGUUGUUUGAAGUGGCCAAAAGGGAGCUACAUGCCACCACAGGCUUACGAAAUCCAAAUCGUUACGAGCCCACUAGAAUCAGCCUGGUGUUCUAUCAACACAAAAAUCUCAACUACAAGAACCAUGGAAUGUUUGAACACGAGAAGAAGUGUGAAUUGUUAAAGCAAAAGCGACUGGAAAAGCUGCACCUUGAGACCAACAAUCUGGUCCCAGAGUACGUAAAAGAAGGAGAGAAAAUGAAGAAGAAGAAAGGAAAGAAGGAGAAAGAAGUGGAUUUCUCCAAGACUUCUGCUGCUCAGUAUAAAUACAUGUUGGAAGCACCAGCCAUGAGUUCAGUCACUCUGACCACAGACUCGGUCAUUACAAGGUGGAUUGACCCUCAACCAAUGGUCACUGGGCCUUAUCAAAGAUGGGUCUAACUUGUUGGAACUUAAUGAUCAUUCAAAGCCUUUUUGGAUACUAUUUAUAUAACUACUCACCUUUUUAAAAAAAAACAAAAUAAUUGGCCAAAGAGAAAGGUUUUCAUUUAUAAGACAGAAAUUUUUUUUAGAUUCCUUUUUCUAAAGAUAUUUUUGAUAAAAAAAAAAUACUGUUUUUGAUUAAUAUAGAAUGUGUACAGGUAAAAUUUCUGUAUGGAAAAAAAUUAAAAAAUAUAUUUUAUUCUUUUACAUGUAUGCUCUUGCAAUUACAUGUACAAGUUAAAGUAUUUUAGUAUGCAUGCACGUACGUUUUGAUGUACAGUAGAUCUGUUGUGUACUGAACACAUUUGUAUAUUUAUUAAGGUAACAAAUUUAUAUAGGGCAGCAAAUUCAGUAUUGUUAUUCAUGUAUUCAAAGGAUAAUUUACCAGUACAUGUUUGACAACUGAAUUAGGAUUAUAGAUCAAAACAUGCAGCAUAUUUAGUGGAAUCACUAAAGCCUACGAAAGUCAUCUGUAUCAAACUCCCAAAUUCUUCUGCUGGAGUUGCUUUUUAUUAUAAUUUUUAAGUUUUGAGUAAUAUAUAUAUAUUUACAUAUACCGUACCUGCUGAUCAAAAGCUUGGAUAAUAUGGAGGAAAGUUUUUAUUAUUUAUUGUUUGGAUUGUGGUUAUGAAUUUAAACUCAUAUUUUUCUGCAAUAGUGUUUUUUGUUUUAAAAAUGUAUUUGCCUUCAGUAUUCAUUAUUUUUAUGACAGGCAUUUGACAAAAUUGAAAGCAGACUUCCUUUUAUCAUUGCAGAAUUUUUUUUAGUGCACGAAAGAAAAAAAAUAUAUUUUUUUUAACAUUUAAGAUUAAGUUCUUGUUUAUUUCUUUUUUUUUUUUUUAGAAGUAGAAUUUUGUUAAGUUUAAUAUUUGUUCUUUUAAUUUUUUGUGCUUCAGUCUUGUAUCUGUGAUUUUAAUAAUUCUUUUAUGACAACAAUUGAAAAGAAAAGCCUUGUAAAUGUUGUCUGUUUAUAUAUAAUCAAUUUUUAACAAUGAAUUAAUUUACAAAUCAUAAAAUUGUGUAUAUAGGAUAUUUUGUAUAUAGUAUUCAUAUUAUUUUAUUAUUAUUAAUUUUCAGAAUUCCCAUGUUUAUUGAACAUUCUCAGGGAAACUCAUCUUUUAGUUUUUACAUCAGCCAGGAAGCUGAAGAUGCCAGUUUAUUUAAAUCACUUUGUUAUUCUGUGAUUUCAAAACGCUGUAAGCAAUAUGCUAUGAUAUUCUUUUAACAAAGUGCUAAUACUGAGUAUGUGAAUAGGAACUACUUUUUACCCCCCCCCCCCCCCUUUUCUUAUGUUGCAAAUAUGUCUCAUAUAUUAACUUGUAUUAAAAAAAAGAAAAAGAAAAAAAAGUCAAAUUUUAUUCAUUUUAUGAUCCCUCAUCUGUUUCGUAUAGUAUAGGUGCUAUUGAUUUUAAUUUUUAGAUAAAUUAUUUGUACCAAGAUAAUUAUGAAAAUUGGAAAACUACAACUCUAAGUUAUAUUCAAUUUCUUUGUUGUUUAAUGUGAAAGUGAACUUCAAAUGCAUUUAUUUCGAAAAUGACCUUAUUAUGUCCAUAUCAUAUUGUGUAGAGGAUGUAAAAUCAAGAUUACACACUCUAUCGUACAGCCUUCAAAAUAAGCAACAAAAGGGAAAGGAAGAAAAUAUUGUGCUGAAAUCCAGAUGUGAUACCUGUAUAGAUUGUUAGAAACAUUCCCCUAGGAUUAGUUUAUUAUUUAGAUAUUUUAUUUAAUUUACAAUGUCUAGGGCAGUUCAGCUAAGAACGAAGUGAAAAAAAAUUGAUUUUUUUUUUACUAGUACACAAGCUAUACAUAUAACACUUUUAGUAGAUAUUUUUUGGUAGUGGUUGGAGUAGAGAGUGCUUGAGAACAUUUUGUUUUAGUUGAUAGUUCAAAUGUCAAUUUCUUUUUUUAAUUUGUAAGUGUUAUUUCAUAGUGCUUUACUGCAAUACACAUUAAUUCUCAGGAAAAGCAAAACAAAAAUUUUGACAGAUGUGUCUUAACUUUCCAGAGUUUGAAAAAGUGUAGCUAUUUUUAAAAGAAUUUAAAAAGUGAAGUGCCCAUAUUUAUAUAGAUUAACAUGCUGAAUAGAAUGCAAUGAAAAAAAAAGAGCUUGAAUUUAAAAGAAACACAUUUGAAUGGUUCAGUGUACUGUGUGGAUGUUGAAUAUUGUGAAAAUCUUUUCUUGUUGUUGGUACGUCACGUUUAAGCACAAAAAUGUCAUGCCAUUGUAAAUCAAUAAA